CCCCCAGCGAGGCCGGGCACCAAAGGAGAGCAUGGGAGGGGGAUGGAAGCGGCCCGGCUCCUCGGGGGCAGCGGGGCAAACUAUGAAACGCCCGACACCAGAAAUCAGAUAAGGAGCACCGCCUCAGCAAGGACCCAGCUAGAAGAAGCUCCAAUUAAAAGAAUGGACAAAGAUGCAGAAGCGUUGCAGGCAGCCAGAGCGGAACUCUGCGAAGCCAGGAGGCAGUGGCACCACAUGCAGAGCGAGAUUGAAUCCCUGCACGCUGUGGAAAAGGGUUUGGAGCGCUCGUUGCGUGCCACAGAACAGCAGUACCACGUGCAACUACAGAAUUUAGAGGCGGAGAUUGAAUGUUUAGAGAAAGACCUGCAGGAAGUGAGAAGAGGCAUUGAGAAACAGCUGCGAGAGCAUGAAAUUCUCCUGAACACUAGGAUGAAACUGGAGGAGGAGAUAGCAACGUACCGCAGUCUGCUUGAGCAGGAAGAGAGCAGGUACCGUUGCUCCAUACCCGACCGGAAGGGCGGGAGGAGGCCCCCCCCCAGCAGGCCUGCCUUCACGCUGCAUGCAGACAGUGUAAAGAAGCAUGAAACUGAGAAGAUGGAGUUGAUGACAAAACAAGCAGUCCUAGAUGGAAAUAUUAUGAAGCAAAGCGCAGAAGCUCAUGGCACUAUAAAGACAGAAAAAGUGGAUGAAGUCAUUAAGGAAUGGGAAGGUUCUUUCUUCAAGGACAACCCACGCUUAAGGAAAAAAUCGGUUUCGCUGCGCUUUGACCUGCACCUAGCAGCGGCCGAGGAAGGAUGCCUACGCGCCCAGCAGAAAGCGCUGCCAGACAUCGAGGUCAGGCUGGUCAUGAGGAGGUCGUGCAGCAUCCCCUCCAUCAAACCAUAGCGCACAGCCAGCCGGGCCCGGCCGCCUCCGCCCGCUACCGCAACGAAAUCUCACCAAGGACUUGGACACAGCAAAAACAACCGCGUCUCUUCAAUGGAAGGGAGAAGAGCAGGAGAGUCAGAUUCCAAGAAGCCUGGCUUCUACCAGUUUUAUACUCUGGGUACAGUCCUUUACUUCUCUCAUUACUGCUGUUUUGUAGCAUUUCUCCAAAUAUUAAAAAAAUGAAACUGUAACUUUAUACUUCGACAAGAGAACUCAUUUUCUCUUUCUGGGAAUGAGAACCACAUAUUUCAUCCUCUUCUUCAAAACUGCGUAUGCAUAAUGGCUGAUGAAUCCUUGCAAUGAUUUAUAUCAUGAUUGUCAUACUUGAAAUAUAUUUUAAAACACUUUCUAAUGGAAAAAAAAAUGUGACAUGCAACAAUGCUCUUAAAAUACAUACACUAUUAACUAACAAUUUUCUUUUAAAAGUGGCUGGUAUUUUUAAAUAUUUUUUAGGCAACGACUGAGCAAAAAUUUCUUUCCCCUCUAACCACAGACACAUCUCUCAGCAGCCUCGUUACGAACAAAUAACGUUCAGCCAUACGGUUCUGCUGCUUUUGAAGCAGGAAUUCCCACUGAAAAUCGGUCACUCUCUUUGUUGUCCACGUGUAUCUGCACUACAACUCUCCCAGCCAUACUGAGUAGAAUUAUAUCCUCUAACUGUUCAAAUAUUAGGAGCCAAACACCCAUUUUUAAUACUGGUAUUUAAUUCAUUUUGUGAGUUGCUACAGUGUAAAUUGAAACACCUUCAACAAAUUCCUCUCCUGACAAAUCUUUUAGGUACAAUAGGCCCUCGACCUAGCGCACACAGCAGAUCACUGAGGUGCCAGGUCAUGGCCACUAUGGCUUCAAUGUGACGGACAAAAUGAGGACAGAAGAAGGGCUACAUGUGCCCAGGCAGAUCCUGCCACGUGCAUUAAGUGUCCCCAGAGCCACCACUGAGAGCAGCAGUGGACACAUACAAAGCAGAGCCGAUGGUCUUGCAUCCACGCACAGAAAAAACCAGGAAUGGAAACCCUGCCAUGCUGUAUGAGACUACGGGACAAACUUCAAACAAACAGAAACAAAAUCAGAACGUUGGUUUGCGAGGAUUCAAAGAGGUAACUCUUAAAAUCAGAAACCCUCGCUGAAACCGCUGCAACUACGGGGGCUCGAAACCUAGAACCAACACAGACAGUACUUGUGGGAUCCACAGCAGCACGAAAGAAUGGACUGAAAUGUCAAAGUGCCCUGCUCCUUCAGGCAUGUGUUAAAGAAUCGGUACCGCAGAUUCUUCCACCCUUCCGUUACGCUUCUAUCUUUUAUUAAUGGCAAGAACAACGCGUUUACAUUGCCCACGGUUCUCUGUCUACUGUAUAAAGCUGGCUAAUUAUCAUUAACCUUAAAACUGAUCUGGUGUUGUUAAUACCUGAAUAGUUGGCAUCCUGAAUGUAACAGCCUCUCCUGGCAUUUUCACUAUGCAGCUUUUUUUGUGCUAUACUCUGUAUAUUUUACAAUACUUGAAUUUAAACUGAGUUUUACUUGCUUUAAGGCACUUUAAACAGGGAUACAAACUUACCAAAGUAAAUAGCUGUACAACAAUAAAAAAUAAUAAAAAGGA